AUGGACCUGAUUAAGUAUGUUUUUGAAAAACCAGCAGUGACAGGUCAGGUGACACGGUGGCAUAUGCUAUUGACCGAAUACGACAUCACCUAUGUGACAAGAAAAGCCAUCAAGGGUAGUGUCAUUGCAGAAUAUAUGGUAGAUAGAGCUGUUGAAGAUUACCAACCCAUGGAAUUUGAUUUCCCGGAUAAGGAUAUCAAUUCGAUAAGCCAAGAAGGAGAUCAAAUAGGAUGGACAAUGUUAUUCGACGAAGUAGUCAAUGUGUGGGGGCAUGGAAUUGAGGCUGUGCUUAUCUCACCAAAGGAUAAACAUUUUCCAGUCAUAGCCAAACUCACCUUUCCUUGCACCAACAACAUAGCCGAGUUUGAAGCGUGUAUAAUGGUUUUAUUUAAAGUUGAGCCGGGAGUAGAGAUUGAACCAAUUUGUAUAAGGGUGCAGUCAGCGCCAGCAUACUGUGCAGUGAUGGAAGAGAUCGAUGGGAAACCAUGGUCCUAUGACAUUAAGACCUUCAUUCAAAAGAAGGAGUAUUCCUAG